AUGUGUUAGAUUCGCUUAUAUAUCCAGUUAUAUUAUGUUUUAAAAAUAUAAGGAUUUAACGCAGUAAAGAAACUGUUUUCUUUAUUACAAACAUCUUAAAGGCACAAUAAAAAAUAAUGCUUAGAUUCAGUUAUCUUUGCGCUUCAUCACAGAUAGUGUGAAAUGUCAAUCAAUAUUAACGGUUAUCCUAACUACAAAUAUAUAAACGGAAGAGUGGUUAAAGUGACGGAACAUGUUCAAGCUACACCUGGAUUUAUUGUAUAAGAGAGGAAGCGGCUGGUACAUUUUGAGAUUAAGUCGUCGACGCUAUGACAAGUCGACGCAAAAUGACGGAACGUGAAGUGAAAGCUCGCAUGCUGAACAAGAAAGAAGAACGCGUCCUGGCAAAGACUUUUGGAACGUUAAACCUAGAAAUGGGCUUCAUGUACAACGUGCUCUCUCUGCACGUACGUACGGUGAAGGCCAACUAUAAACGUCUGAGGGAACGCGCGGACAAACUGAGAUCAAACCUUUCGCCACAAGAUAUUACGAUGUUACGCAAGCUUGAGGAAGAGGGGAAAUUUAAGCCGGCCUCGACCUUUAACGUGAACGCUGCGAUGAAGAUCGCUGCUGCCGCUCAUAGACUGAAUAUAUAUCCAGAAGGAAUCAAGCGGUCAAAUACGACCAUGUCACAUAAGCGGACGAACGAUAAACUACUUUCAAGAAGAUCACUCACGGAAUUUAGUUUUAGCAAACCUCGCAGUAACUCAGUGACUGGUGUUUUCAUCGACGCCCCUCAGCCUGAUACUAUUGUCCGACGAAGCUCCGUCGAUUUAGACCGUAGCACGAUCCCGGCGAUUCGACCCGUGAGCGCCGCGGUCGGGCCUACCUCUAACCUGGAACAAGACCCCACAAACGGUAGUGCAUCGGCGAGGAAACCCGAAAUUAUCCGCCCUUCGACGUCGAACGUUGUUGAACGUGAGCACUCAACGUUGUCGAAAGUGUCGUUUAAAACGGCAACGCCUAGAAACUCGUACCAGGAGUUUUCUACACAUGACCAAACGCCACACGAUAAAACAAAAAAGAAAUCCGCACACGACAAACUCCUGCUAAUGGACGUUACCGACGAGUCCUUAGACUCUGGACGUCAACGAAUAUUUGAGGAUAGGCGUCAAGAGCUUUUGAAUGACGAGCAACAAUUCUUAAAGACCCUUGUGAAGAGAAAGAACAGCUUUCUGGGAAGAAUUGACGAGUAUCUGCAAGACAACCCGCCGGCAAAAUUCUCCGCGCCGCUGAUGUCAAUCGAUAUUCCUCAGCUUAAAGCUGUCGUUAAUCUCGACGACGAAGAAGAAAUCAUGAAGCACAGCAGACGCCGACGAAACGUGCGCACGUAUGACGUCAGUAGGACAUUUACGUCAGAGGAGGAGUAUAAAGCGCACGAAAAGGAACUUUGGAAGGACAUGAACAAGACGCGAUACUUGCGGGUGCCCGAUGACAAGUUGGAUCUUAGUGGUGUCGUGACGCUUGCUAAGGACCAGAUGCGGAUGUUUAAAUCACUUCAUCUGCAGGAACAAAAUCGGAUAGUUGCGAAAUAAAUAUAAUCUAGUUUCAUUGAUUAAAACUAACAAAGCCUUUUCGAUGUUCGUUGAAUAUUGGCUUCUUUUCAUGUUUUAGGUUAUUGGGUAUUAAACAACGAUAUUUGUUAUUUGUAAAUAGAACUGUUUGAUACUUAUCAUUUACAAAUUCCUUUUAAAUAUUUUAAAAAAGGGCAACAUGCCUUUAUGCGCAUAUGUAUUCAAACCAGUGAUUGUGUUUCAAUUGAAUAAAAGAUCUUGAAUGAAAUUUGUUUAAAAAUAUAUUUUGAUACAUAUUUAACUCAUUUUUUAUAAUUGAAUACGCGAGUAUCGAUUUAAAAACCGCGUGAAUUUUAUAUAAUACAUGCUUUUAUAUUGUAUAAACAAUGAAUGCUAGAUAUGUGUUUAGUUCAUUUGUUAGAAAAAUAUUAUUUUAAAUGUUAGGAGGUUUUUCAAAUUGUUGUAAACGUACAUGCAGUUGUGUAGUUGUAUUGUUUGCAUAUGUAAGUAAUAAACAUGCAACACUA